AUGAAACGUUUGCAGGAAUUGACCGACGCUGGCAUAAGAAAGGAUGACCCACGGCUGGCAAAUGUGAUUGCACAGGUUCGAGAAGCUGAGCAUGUGGACCAAGGUGUCUUUGAUCAAGAGCAUCUUUUCCUGGAUAGAGAGGCAUUCAAGAUAUGCGUCGGCAGUAGUAUCGGAGUGAUUGGAAAGGCGUUAAAGAAGCAGCUGGUGAUACCGGAUUGGCCGUCAUUCACUACAGAGAUUACAGAGCUACACAAUUUCUGUCGUCAGUUCAAAGGAGGACAGGUACUGUAG